AUGGUAAAUGCAUUAGGAUUUAAAAAUGACAAUAAUAAUGCUACGAACGAAGAUCUAGAGUCUGGAUCAAGUCGUUCAAGAUCUGCUGCUGACUUUCCCACCACAAGUACAAGCCAGUCUACUACUGAUCUCAGUGUUUUUCAAAUAGACGAAUCUAUUGAAUUUGACGCAUACUUAUAUAACAUCAACACCAAUAUGGGAGAUAAUGCUCAAGCUUGUGCUAAGGCUUUAAAUGUUAUAUCUGAAUUGUUAAAAUCAAAUUCAUCUACUAAUUCAACUUCAUUCACUGCUUUUAAUAACCAAAGUCAGGAAACUACGUCAGCUAAAGAGAAAAAUAAUAUGAGGAAGUUUAAUAAAUCUAAUAAGGAGUUGGUAUCUCAAUCAUGUCAAUGUGAACCCAGAGAAGGCAUGGAUGAUAUUUUGAAACAAUAUAUGAGAGAACCUCUUAAAGAGAGAAAAGAAAACCCUGUAAUAUACUGGGCAGCAAGAAAGAAUAUUUGGCCUGAUCUCAGUGAUUUGGCGCUGCGUUAUUUAUCUGUUGUGGCUACUUCUGUUCCCUCCGAACGUUUAUUAUCUUUAGCUGGAUCCACACUUUCAGAAACCCGUAAUCGAUAA